AUGGCGUUCAGUUUUGGCUUCUCUGGUGAUGAUAUCGACAUCGAUGACUCUGAGAUUAAUAAUGAUGCCCAAGAUGUGUUUGUGCCCAAUGGAAAGACCAAUUCGCUCCCUGAGUUGGUAAAGGCCUCCAAACAUAAUAUGGACGAAUGGCUUUCGAUUCUUCCAUCGCAAAUAUUCUACAACCGGCUCGCCAUCGCUGGUACACCUAUUACCGUUGGGCGCCGAGAAGUCAUCGACAUUCGCACGCAGUUAAUGGCAGAAGAUACUGCAGACCAUGAAAAUGAGGAAUUGAUCGCUGGCAUCGAAGAAGGCGAUCUCAAACCAAACUUUUAUGAGGGCGGUUUUAAAACAUGGGAAUGUUCCCUGGACUUGGCUAAGCUCGUGGCUAGCGAGAAUACCAUCACCGAAUCAAUGGGAGUCUCGCAGACAAAUAAUCACAUCAUUGAGUUGGGAGCAGGCACUGCAGUGCCAUCAUUGACUCUGUUCGCUCAUAUUCUCCGUCAAACGGAGUCGGUUGAGGGGACAGAACCUUCCCAAAGGAUUCUUUUCACCUUUGCAGACUAUAACGAUGCUGUGCUGAGACUUGUCACGCUGCCAAACCUCCUGUUGACUUGGCAUAUCAAUCGUCAGCAGGCGGUGGCAGAGGCAGAUCAGGAUCCCACUCAAGUUCCGCAAGAAGAAGAACUUGAUAUCACGCCCGAGUUAAUUAGCGAGUUUAAAGCUGAUUUGACCCGACGCGGUAUCACACUCGACUUUAUCUCGGGUGCCUGGUCGCCCGAAUUCGUUGAGAUGGUUUUCUCUGCUAGAGAUACCGGCGAUGUUAAGACUUUGCUGCUUGCGAGUGAAACUAUCUAUUCCCCUUCGUCAUUGAGGGCGUUCUCCGAAACGCUACUUCAGUUGGUACGUCGCUCUAGUACGCCGGCAUCAAAGAGCCGGGCCAUGAUUGCUGCCAAAAAGGUCUAUUUUGGCGUUGGAGGUGGCGUGGACGAGUUUCUCGCUGUAUUGCAGGAUGUCGCGGCGAACGAAUUAGAAGUUCAGCAGAGAGUGGAUGUGCAGUCGGAGGGUGUUGGCAGGGUGGUUUUAGAGGUCACCCCCACAGCCAAUUGA